AUGGCCAGAGCACCCAUCGUCACAUCCAAAUCAUUACUAGAUGAAAUUGGCGAGGAUUUUCUCAGCUGUUCCAUUUGUUUGGAAAUCUACAAGAAACCUACAGUCCUACCAUGCCUUCAUACAUACUGUCAGCAAUGUCUGGUGGAUUUUAAGGCCAAAUCUGGAGGUGUUCUGAAGUGUGCAAGAUGCAGAAUUCAGUGUGACACACCCAUCCAGGAACUAAAGUCCAACUUUUUUUUAACAAGCCUACUAGAUACGUUCCAGAGACAGAAGCAGCUGAAUACUGACCAUCCACCAGUGUGUGAAGCAUGCCAAGAGAAGACAGCAACUCACAGGUGUGUAGACUGUCCUCAAUUUUGCUGUGAUGUCUGUGUUACUAUUCAUGAACGCUUUCCAGCUCUCCGCUCUCAUGAAGUGAUCACGAUUGAUAAGUACAGAGAAAUAGAGUCCAAGGAUCAUCUCAUUAAAGAGUACAAAGUUUUCUGCAGUGAUCAUAAAGACAGCCAUUUAGAAUUCUACUGUGACACAUGCCAGGUACCUGUCUGCCUCAAGUGUACCAUAGUCAACCACAAAGCUCCUGAACACAUUCAUAAUGACUUGAAGAUUGUGGUAGAUGAAUAUAAAACGCAACUGAGGAAAAUGUUAGAGCAGUUGAAAGUGAAAGAGAAGCAAGUGGAAGAAGAAAAAGCAUCAGCUGAAUCUACAGUAGAAAAAAUGAGAAAUGAGUGUGAGGCAGAGAAAGCAAAAGUUAAGAAAAGAGCAAAGGAAGUGAUAGAGAGAGUAAAGAGAGAAGAGAAGAUGCUGAUAGAUGCCUUAGAUGAAACUUCUAGAUUGCAGUUAAAAGAUGCAACAAUGAAAAUCGAUGAGAUGCAAUUUCACCAUGGCAACAUAGUCAGCACGCAUCAUUAUCUAGACACACUAGUGCAUCAUGGGAAUGCUGUUCACUUACUACAUGUAUCUACCAAGCUUGAAACUAAAAAGCGCAUAAAAGAGAUGGUUGCUAUGGAAAUCAAACCACCAAUCAUUCACAAUAGCAUUGAGUUUCAUCCAGGAAGUGACCUUGCUACCCAUGCAUUGAUGGGAGUGAUUCAAACUGAAGCCUGCCAGUCUAAAUGUACUGUUGAAAACAUUCCAAAACUACUUGUGGAAGGCGAAUCUGUCAACCUGCUCAUCACAACCAGAGAUUCAAAAGGAAAUCAAAUCAUUGCCAAUCAAUUUGUCAAUGUAAAGACAAAGAACCGUGAUGCAUCAUGGGAAGAUAUUGAUGUUACUGACAAUAAGGAUGGCACUUGUCAUGUGAAGAUAACAGGAAAGAUGGAAGGGAAACAGCAAAUUGCCAUGACGAUUGUUAACCAACACUUACCAGGAUCACCAUUCCAUAUUCCUGUUUAUAUCAGAGGAUUGGCACAGACAGUGGGAAAUGCAGGACAAGGACAGUUCAAUAAUCCUAAAGGAAUAACUAUGAACAAACAUGGUGACUAUGUCACAGCUGAUCAACAGAACAAGAGAGUGGCCAUACAUGACAGAGACGGAAAUUAUAAACAAUCAUUUACAUUUAGUGAUCAAUUUGCAAAACCAUUCAUACCGUGUGAUGUAGCUAUAUCAGAUAAAAAUGAAUACUUCAUAACAGAUGAGAGUAAUAAACAAAUAGUUGUAAGUAAUGAAAAUGGAAGGUUAAUUAGAAAGUUUGGAAGCUCUGAAAUGAAUCAACCAGCUGGAAUUGCAAUUAAUCCUGUUAAUAAGAAUAUUUAUGUGACGAUCAACAGCAAAGGGAUAGUGUAUGUGUCAGAUGCUCACAUCGGCAGUGUUCAGGUAUUCAAUUCUGAUGACCAGUUCAUGUUUGAAAUCAGUUCAAUGAGUUCUCCCCGGGGAGUGGCUGUGGAUAAGAAUGAUAAUGUAUAUGUCAGCAGUGUGCAUAAAGUCACCAAGUAUGACAGCCAUGGACAGUUUAUUUGUAGGAUUGAUAGUGACAAGGAUGGACUGAGUAGCCCCUAUGGUGUAGCAGUGUGUAAUGAUGGUAGAAUAGCUGUAGCAGAUUAUGGCAAUAAUUGCAUCAAAGUGUUUGUAGAGUGA